AUGCAGCGAAGUCCCGUCGAGCGCCAACACCGUUGGAAUAGUUCGCUUCCCAGACGAUUAGCUGGAGAUAUAGGUGCAGCAACGAUAUCAGCAACACUCAUCACACCGAUAAUUACAAUCAUCGACAGAGCCCUCGUCGAAAAGUCCUCAUUCAACCAACCCAUCAUCCGCGGCCUCCGCACUCAUACACUUGCUGCCCUCAAGAACCCCGCGCGAUUUGUCUUUCAAGUGCCUUUUGGUCUCAUUUGGACCUUGUACGCCGCUACCUAUGCGGUUGCCAAUGGGACCGACACCAUCGGCACGGAGCUGAAGGCUCCAGCGACGGGAAUGAUCACAUUCCUGUCAACCACCAUCGUCAACGUACCGUUGGGGGUAUGGAAAGAUAUUCGAUUUGCCAAAAUCUUUGGUACACAAAGAGCCCCCGAUAAUGUCGAACCUGUGCGAAAGUCGCUCGUCCAGAAUCGAGGUAUUGCGCGCGCGGCGACGGCCAUGUUCCUUGCUCGCGAUAGUAUUACCAUCUUUGGUUCCUUUACGCUCGCUCCAAGGCUAGCCGCUGCAAUACCAGAUGACUUGACUAGUCAUCCGCAUGCGAAACCGGUGAUUACGCAGUUGACUGUGCCCGUGUUGACUCAGUUGGUCGCGACGCCGCUGCAUUUGUUCGCACUUGACUUGUAUAUCCGGCAGCAUCAUGUUCCACUGUCAGAUCGGCUUGUGCAGUCUCAGCGGCAUUUGGGAUCGACUACGGUGUUUCGAUGUAUUCGGAUUAUUCCUGCUUUUGGCUUUGGAUGUUUGGCCAAUAUGGAAUUGAGGUCCAUGUUUCAUGGGAAAUUGGAUGUAGGGACGUCAAUCGCGGAUGUUAGGAAGGAGAGUCUAUAG